AUGGACAUCAAAGAAGAAAUGGAUGAUUCUAAGAAUCUUGAUGAGCAAAAGCUCCCACUCUUGCGAAAUGCGGAGGUGCCAGAAGCAGAGAGGAACCUGGUUCAGAAAGCCAUCAGCCAGACAUUUCAGAGCACGGCGCAGUUGGCAAACCUUUUACCUACAGGCACUGUCCUUGCUUUCCAGCUUCUGUCUCCAAUCUUCUCAAAUGUAGGCAACUGUGAUUCAGUCAGCAGGCUCAUGACAGCUUCUCUUGUUGCUAUCUGCGGUGCCGCGUGCUUCCUGCUAUGCUUUACUGACAGCUUCCGAGACAGCAAGGGGAACAUCUGUCAUGGGUUUGCCACCUUCAGGGGCUUGUGGGUCAUUGACGGAUCAAACACGCUUUCGCCUGAACUUGCUGCAAAAUAUCGCCUGCGGUUUAUAGAUUUCCUGCAUGCGGUGAUGUCAGUUUUGGUAUUUGCAGCAAUUGCAUUAUUUGAUCAGAAUGUUGUAAAUUGCUUUUUCCCAGAACCUUCAAAGAAGACACAGGAAAUUCUCACAGCAUUGCCAGUAGGCAUAGGCGUUUUGUGCAGCAUGUUGUUCGUUGUAUUUCCCACACAGAGACAUGGAAUUGGCUUCUCCCUUUCAACAAAUUAAUCGAUGAAAACUUUUUUAAGUUCACGCUUGUAACCUUAUGACAUUAACAUAUCUAUUUGAUUAAUGAA